AAGGCAGCCGUUAAAUACAUGGGUGGGGCAAACUCCAUAGAGCAGUUACGAAAUUUCAGAGAACAUCUCACGUCGUCAUAUAUCAGCCUUUUAACAGCAGCAAUGGAGUACUGAUUUCCAUCAAAGGUGCAAUUUGUAAAAUAUAUAUGUCAUCGUUAUCCCCUCCUUCAUGGCUAGGCGUGGGAAGUCACCUUCUACCCAAAGCUGUAAACGUUCAAAGAAGGCAGAUCACUGGCCUACAACGUAGAGAAACACAUUUGUCAGUGAUCAGGUCGUUAUCGAAGAAUACAAGAAUAUGCAUGACCCCUCAGUCGAGAGAAGUUCUCCUUGCUCGUGACGAACGUGAAGAGAACCACCCUUUAGUUAAAAUGUGUGGAAUUACAUCACCUGAAGAUGCUGCUCUAGCAGCAGAAGCUGGUGCUAAUUUUAUUGGGAUGAUUCUUUGGCCUAACUCAAAACGUUCUAUUUCACUUCCUGUUGCAAAGGAAAUUUCAAAAGUUGCACGGGCAUAUGGGGCGGAACCUGUUGGUGUAUUUGUGGAUGAUAACACCGACACAAUAUUAAGAGCUUCUGAUGCAGCUGACCUUGCACUUGUGCAGCUUCAUGGAGAUGGUUCUCGGGCUGCUUUUCCGAUUCUUGUGCAAGAAAACCGAGUAAUUUAUGUUCUUCAUGCCAACAAAGAUGGAGACCUUCUGAACCAUAUUUCUGAUGAAGAAUGUUCUCUUGUUGAUUAUAUUCUAGUGGAUAGUGCGAAGGGUGGCAGUGGUGAAGGAUUCAACUGGUCCCAGUUUAAACUACCACCGAUUAAAAGCAAGCAUGGAUGGUUCUUGGCAGGAGGAAUCUACCCUGAGAAUGCGUGUGAAGCUCUUACUACUCUUGGACCACAUGGAAUUGAUGUUAGUAGUGGAAUUUGUGCUUCAGACGGCAUUCGAAAGGAUAAGUCGAAGAUUACAUCAUUCAUGAACGCGGUUAAGUCCAUCCAUUAUUGAUUUUUUUAUGAGGAAUAGUAAUCCUCAAAAUGUGAUAGUAAUUGGCAUUACAAAUUGUCAUUGAACUCAUUUAUGCAAAUAACAUCUCCAUCUCCAUAUUCUACAGAAACUCUUAUAAUUUUGUCGAAAGUCGAAAUAAAUUGGUUAUAAAGAGUCAGUUUCCCCUUCAUUCUGAAUUUGGAGAAGCAUA